UACGCAUGGGAAGGGGAUUCGAUCAAGUUGGGUGACUUCACAAGCACCUUUCUUUGAAAAGUAUGGACAUGGUAGAUUAUCUGUGUGUGCUGGCAUGGGAAGAUUUUGUCUCUGUUGGUCCCUUCACAGAUUGACAGCCUUGUCAGGGGUGAGAGAGAGAGAGAGAGAGAGAGGCAGGGCGGCACUCUCUGUUACCUUUCCUUUCCACUUUCAUCAAAACAAGAACAGAAAGUGAAAGAAAAGAGAGAAGGAGAAAGCAGAGAGUUGGUGGUGGUGGUUGGCCAUGGCAGCAGCAGCUCGCAGAAUCUCCUCCUUGCUCACCCGUUCUUCUCUGCUCCUCUCCCAUGCAGGAAGAAAUGCCAGAGCAGGAAGCGGCGUCAGCAGGUUCAGUACCGCAGCAGUGGCAGAGGAACUGAUCGUUCCACCAGUCCAGAUAAGCUACACUCAGCACCUCAUUGAUGGGAAAUUCGUUGACGCUGCAUCAGGGAAAACUUUUCCGACAUAUGACCCUCGUACUGCUGAGGUUAUUGCCCAUGUUGCUGAAGGCGAUAAAGAGGACAUAGACCGUGCAGUUUCUGCCGCUCGCAAGGCAUUCGAUGAGGGCCCAUGGCCGAAGAUGACCCCUUAUGAAAGAUCGAGAAUACUGCUGCGAUUUGCUGAUUUGGUGGAGAAACAUAAUGAUGAGCUGGCAGCAUUGGAGACAUGGAACAACGGGAAGCCCUUUGAACAAUCCGCAAAAGCUGAGAUUCCAAUGCUGGCACGUCUUUUCCGUUAUUAUGCUGGAUGGGCCGAUAAGAUCCACGGGCUGACGGUGCCAGCAGAUGGAAACCAUCAUGUGCAGACAUUGCACGAGCCUAUCGGGGUUGCAGGGCAGAUCAUCCCAUGGAACUUUCCCCUCAUUCUGUUUGCCUGGAAAGUGGGGCCGGCGCUCGCGUGUGGGAAUACAAUUGUUCUCAAGACUGCAGAACAAACUCCUCUCACUGCUCUCUAUGCUGCCAAACUCUUCCAUGAGGCUGGGCUUCCUCCGGGUGUUUUGAAUAUUGUCUCGGGUUUUGGGCCCACGGUGGGUGCGGCUCUUGCAAGCCAUAUGGACGUGGACAAGCUUGCUUUCACGGGGUCGACUGAAACUGGGAAGAUUGUUCUCGAGCUUGCUGCAAGAAGCAACCUUAAGCCAGUGACCUUGGAACUUGGAGGAAAGUCGCCUUUCAUAGUGUGCGAGGAUGCUGAUGUUGAUAAGGCCGUUGAGCUCGCUCACUUUGCUCUCUUCUUCAAUCAGGGUCAAUGUUGCUGCGCUGGAUCCCGCACAUACGUACACGAGAGAGUGUACGAUGAGUUUCUGGAGAAAGCAAAAGCCCGUGCUAUGAGGCGUAUUGUUGGGGAUCCCUUUAAGCAGGGUACCGAGCAAGGCCCUCAGAUUGAUUCGGAGCAGUUCCAGAAGGUCCUCAGGUACAUCAAAGCUGGUAUCGAAAGCGAUGCAACCCUCGAAUGCGGAGGUGAGCGAUUUGGCUCCAAAGGCUACUUUGUACAGCCGACAGUUUUCUCAAAUGUUCAGGACGAUAUGCUGAUAGCGAAGGACGAGAUCUUCGGGCCUGUCCAAUCUAUCCUGAAAUUCAAGCACCUUGAUGAGGUCAUCAGGAGGGCGAACCAGACUCACUACGGGCUAGCUGCUGGGGUAUUCACAACGAACAUUGAUGUCGCCAACACACUGUCCCGAGCUCUGAGGGUGGGGACGGUGUGGGUGAACUGCUUUGAUGUGUUCGAUGCGGCGAUCCCGUUCGGCGGGUACAAGAUGAGCGGUAUCGGCCGGGAAAAGGGCAUAUACAGCCUGAAGAACUACCUGCAGGUUAAAGCCAUUGUCACUCCCCUCAGAAACCCAGCUUGGCUGUAAACUUAGAAAAUGAAGAACCGUUCUGCAUUACGGACCGUCGGUUAUCGCAUGAGACACCUAUGCCAGUGCUGCUUCUCCUGUCUUUGGUGAAUAGUCUUUGUAUGCUUUUCCUGAACACAGCUUUAAAUAAAAAUCGAUCGGGAAGACAUUUUGAUAAUCA